UAUAACCGUUUGUUUCCUAUGCCUACGACUCGGAACAAGCUGAGCUCUUUCUUCUCCAUUGCAAUGGCUUCUCCCUAUUUCUCCCACCUCCCUUCUCCCGAUGAUUCAGACAUCGACGCCAUCAUCUCGGAAGCCACCGAUCUCUGUGUGCUCGAACAGAUCGCCGCCCUCAACACCGCCCAUCUCUCCGAUUCCCUCCUCCCCACUGACCUCGAGUCCCGCUUUAGAAAGCUCAAAACUUUUCCAGGAGCCGAUCACCGGCCACAAAAUCCUUCACAUUGUUCCGUUCAAGAGAAGGAGAACAUACCCACUUCCUCAAUCCAAUCUGAGAACUUCGAGGAAUCAGGAGAAUCCAAAUCAGAGAUUAUCUCAACUGCAAGCCCAAAACCAGAGAGAUUGAAGGAUUAUAAGAAGGAGCUACGAGAUGAGGUUGGAGCAUCACCUUCGGUGGAGAGAAGAUCUCCUUCGCCUACACGUGUGAUUUGCUGUUUUGGGUGCUCGCCGAAGAAGAUGGUGCAGAGGAGGAAAGGGAAACAAUGUGAAGAGAUCUUCUUGGAUUUUGGAGUCUCUUCGAUGAAAGAACAGAGGAGAAAGCUGGAGAAGGUGUUAAAGGAGCAGGAGAGGGCUAGCAGGGAGGUGGAGAAGAUGGUGGAGGUCAUGGAAGAGGCAGCUGCGAGGAUGAAUGCAGAAGCCUUGGAUGAGCUAAUGAGUGGAGAUGGAGACAUAGAGUUCAAGUAGAAUGCCAUGGUAUUUUGACAGUUCAACGUUCUUCUCCACAUAUUAUAAAAGACCUCCUUGCUUUUCUGUUUAUAAGUUAAUAUGUUCAUUUUUUCCUCUGUGCAUGCCAAAUGUUUGCCGAAAUGUCUCUUUGUGUUCUUUAUUCAGUAUGAGAUAUUUACUAACGCGUAUUGUAAAUCGUUUUCACGUAUACUGAAACUACGAGUCAUAUGAAGCAAAUCUUUCUGUAAUUGAGUUGCAUUGUUAGUGCUUAAAUAAUGA